CAACCCACAAGAACCUCUGUAUUGGAGAAGCAUAUACACCUUCAUCAAUGACUUCACCAAGUAUUACGGAUCCAGUCUUAACAUGACUGUGCAUUAUAUCAAUGUCCUUGGGUUUGGAGCACCACUCAACACCAGCGUGGUGUUGGUCACACCCACUCAGAAGAGACUGUACUAUUCAGUGCCCGAAGUUCAGGUCAACACCACCACGACAAUAUCAGUGAAAUGGCUGGAGAGUUUCUGGAGGGUUGUGGACACUAAUGCUCCAGUGAGUAGAGGGGAGUUCCUCACAUGUCUGGCUGAUGUGAAGUGGCUGUUGCUUCCAGCUUCCUGGUCAACAGGGCCCCAUGUCACAAGUAUUGAAGCUGUGCAGUAUGAAGAAGCCUCCACCUCCGGCACUGGGUCCUUAGCACUAUCAGUAGAACAGUGUGUAUGUCCUCCUGGAUAUGAUGGACUUUCUUGUGAGAGAUGUGCCACAGGGUACAAGCGUGAGAACUUGACCACCCAUGGCUACCUGGGUGUGUGUAUUCCCUGUGAGUGUAAUGGCCAUGCUGAGUACUGUGACCCAGACACUGGAGAGUGCAAGGACUGCAGGGAUAACACCACAGGAACAAACUGUGAACUGUGUGCCAUUGGUUACUAUGGCGAUGCUACCCAGGGUACCCCCAAUGACUGUAGGCCCUGUCCCUGCCACAGCCCCAGGGUCAUGGACCCCAGCUGUACUGAGGUGAACGGAUCAGUGCAGUGUCUUAGCUGUGCUCUAGGUUAUACUGGAGAUAUAUGUGAUAGCUGCUUACCAUUCUUCUAUGGCAACCCUGAGGUUCAGGGCACUGGCACCUGCACUGAGUGUGACUGUAAUGGGAACUCCCUGGACUGUGACACCAGGACUGGGGUAUGCUCAGGGUGCAGCUCCAACACCACUGGCUUACACUGUGAGAGAUGUAUAGAGGGGAUGUUUGGAGACGCCUCGCAGCAGAAUUGUAGAGGUUGUGACUGUGUGAUGACUGGCUCCACUAGCGCCAUCUGUAAUCACACCACGGGUCAGUGUGAUUGCAGACCAGGAGUGGGGACCAGAGACUGUGGGAGCUGCCUGGAAAACUACUGGGGAUACAAUAUCAGACCAUUCAACAGUUGCAUACCAUGUGACUGUAAUGUGGCUGGCAGUACUACAUUGCAGUGUGCUGGAGACACAGGUGUGUGUUCAUGUAAGUCUCAUACAGCUGGGGACAAGUGUGACCAGUGUGCACCUGGACUAUGGGGGCUGCCAUAUAGACCAUGUGAAGCUUGUGCCUGUAACACCACUGGUAGUGUGAAUGCGUCAGCCCCGUGUGACACUGUAUAUGGUCAGUGUGAGUGUAAGCCUGGUGUGACAGGCAGGCAGUGCGACCAGUGUGAGAAAUUUUUCAUUGGAUUUGGUCCUGCUGGAUGCACUAGAUGUCUUGAUUGCCAGUAUUCACUGGGUACAGAUACACUUGGUUUGCAAGACACCUGGCAAACUUACUGGAAUGUCAGCAGUACUGUAGGGGGCCUUGUGGCACAAGAUGCACAGCUCCAGCAGCUCACUCAGACACUGACGGGGACUCUGGACAGUAUUGGAUUCUCAGAAAGCACUCUCUUCUCCCUGGAGGCUACAUUGAGGAACAUUACAAAUAAGGAAGCUGGGUACAAUCAGAGUGUCAUCAGUCUUCAGUCAAGGGUUCAAAUGGCUGUUGAUGCUGCUAAUUCAUUAAGAAAUGAAGCAAGAGCAGAGCUGAACAGGCUGCAAGACAUCAAGAAUGAUGUCAGGAGUGCACUGCAGAGUGCUCUAGAAAUUGAAGCUGUAUCUGUUGGUACAAUAAGUCAACUGACCAACUACAGUGUGGAAGUAGGACAGCUCCUUGCCAAAAGCAGAGAAGUAAACAGGUAUCUAAACCAGAACUUCUCGGCAGAGUUGUCCAGAACAGCAGCAGAAUUGGCUGCUGGCAUUGCAACAGCUACAGAUGCACAGGCCACCAGUGAGCUGAUUCAACAACAGAGUGCCGAGUGUGCUAACUUAGAAGGUGCAGCUCUAAAUGCCCAGUCUGCCCUGAGCCAAGUGGAGGCCAAUAUACAGGCCAUAACCACUGCAGCAAGUAAUGUAAUGGCUGCCAGGGAUAGAGUGAUGGACAUACUCAACCAAACUGAGUAUCAAAAAAGCUAUGCAUUGACCCUCUUUAGUGAGGCAGAAGCCAUACUAAACUUGACAGCAGUUACUUUGAAUGCCAGCAGAGACUCCUUCCUUGAAGGCCAACAGGCAUUUGCUGAGGCAUCAGCAAUUGUUGCAGAUGGGAUUCCAAAAGACAACCAAAUUCCUCUGGAUGCUGCAGGUCACCAGUACAUGAUAAUGUUUAUGGAGAACAGAGUAGAGAAUGGGCCCAAGUACAGAUACCUGGAGCUGUUCAUCACCCCAGCAGGCAUAGAAACAAACAAUGUGACAGUCCAAAUAAACCAGGUGUACAAUAGUGCUAUACCAAACAUGACCUUUGUGGUCAGUGCAGGAGAGGUGAAGAAGGUGAACAUAUCUGUUGAGCUCAGGAUGCAAGGAUCUGUCAUGACCAGGCAGGGUCUGGAGAUUUUGGCCAGUGAUAGAAUAGUUGUCUAUGCCUUGAACAAGGAUGAAUUCUCCACUGAUGGGUUCCUGUCCCUUCCCAGAGAAUCUCUGGGGACAGACUACUACACAGUCUCGUAUUACCCUCCUAAUUAUAAAACACAGGUGGGUGUGGCAGCUAUGGAGGAUAACACUGAAGUGAUCAUCACUUUGCCACAGCAGACCUUCACAAGCAGUCGCGUGUUUGUGCUGUACAGGGACAAUAUUUUCAGGAAUGGUAACUCGUUCACAGUGAUGAUGAACAAGUUUGAUACUCUCCAGUUACAAGACGAGGUAGCUGCUGAUUUGACAGGCACUCGCAUCCAAUCCAGCAAACUAGUGGCAGUGUUUAGUGGGAAUGUACGGACUAAUGUGGGACAAGGCACCCGUUCUAGGGAUCACUUGGCUGAGCAGAUUCCACCAAUCAGCUCAUGGGGGAGGAACUUUGCAGUGGUGCCAAUUCCAAAUCGUACCACUGGAGAUGUGGUCAAGAUAGUUGCCAGCCAGCCAAAUACAGAACUGAUUGUUGCUAAUGCUACAGAAGAAAGGGUCUAUACACUCACUCAGGCAGGGAGUAGUAGAACGCUCCUUCUACCAUCAUCUACUUACUGUUUCAUUGCAGCAACAAAACCUAUCCUUGUAGCUCAAAUUGUUUAUAGUCAGUUGACAGAGGAGAGCAUUGAAAAGGCUGACCCUUCAAUGAUCCUCAUCCCGUCCAUUGAGCACUACAGCUCCAACUACCAUUUUGCCCUUCCAAAGCCCUCCGUGGGCAACUACACCCACUACUUUCUGAUAGCCAUUGAGGACAGUGCCAAGAAUGGGGUCAUCCUUGAUGGUCAGCCAUUGCCCAGUGCUGCCCUCUGGCACCCUAUCCCCUUCACCACCUUAGUGGGUGGGUAUUUUGUGGUCAGUGGAGACCAGGCACAUACCAUUACCCACACUGACCGCUCAGUGACCUUCAUGGGGGUUAUGUAUGGAGCAGGAGACAGGGAGAGCUAUGGACUGCCUAUUGGGAUGAGGGUACGAAACCAGUAUGAAGUUACAGCACUUCAAACAACAUUGGAAUCAUCAGGCAAAAAGUUUGUGGUAAUGUAUAUGGAGAAUAGGAUCGAAAUUCCUACUCAGCCUUUUGUGGAGCUGUUUGUAACCCCAGCAGAGAAUGUGUUCAGUGUACUGGUCAACAUCAACCAAGUGUAUGACCAAGCAUAUGGCAACCAGACACUGGUCAUUCAGGGAGGCCAAGUCAGGAAGGUGGACAUUCCAGUCAGUUUUAGAGUAGUGGGGAAUUCUCUUACUAGGCAGACCCUAGAGAUCACCAGCUCAGAAGCUGUGGUGGUAUAUGGAGUCAACAAGGAUGAGUAUUCCAGUGAUGCCUUCCUGGCUUAUCCUACUACUUCACUGGGGAAGGAGUAUUAUGUAGUGUCCUAUGCACCUCCCACUAUUAGCACAGAGUUGGGGAUAGCUGGGGUGCAUGGUAAUACCAGAGUGAGUGUCACUUUCAGUCCUAAUGUUCAGGUGUCAUAUGGUAGUGUCACAUACGGUGGUGGUGACACUCUGACAGUGACAUUGAACCAGUUCUCAUCUCUACAGCUACAGAGCCAGUUUGGGGAUUUGACUGGGACACGUAUAGUAUCAGACAAACCAGUGGCAGUGUUCAGUGGAAAUGUCCGCACCAGUGUCCAAGGCAACUCCAGAGACCAUCUUGUAGAGCAGCUGACUGCUGUUCAGUAUUGGGGCACCGAGUUUGCUACUGUACCCGUACCACAGAGGACUGUAGGGGACAUCUUCAGGGUUGUGGCAAGUGCAGACAACACGAUUGUUAAUGUUCGAAAUUCCAGCAGUGUUGUGACAUCUUCUAUCAACACUGCAGGGGGAUUUGUACAACUACCGCUGGAUUCAGCAACUUAUUACUACAUCACAUCCAACUUCCCCGUGCAAGUUGUGCAGAUAGUGAAAAGUCAGUUAAAUGGUGAGCUCGCAGAUCCCUCCAUGUUCCUGCUGCCCCCUGUAGCCAGAUACAGCACAGGGUACCACUUCUCUCUCCCAGCACAGGCAGCCACUGGGAGCUACACCCACUACUUCAUGCUGGUUAUAGAGAACAAGGACAAGCAUGGCUUGCUGCUGGAUGGACAGCCCCUGAACACAGUCCAAUCCCUGACUUGGAACAAUAUCCCAGGGACAUCACUGGUGGGGACAUACUUUGAGCUCUCUGGGGACCAGUCUCACUUCAUGACCCACUCUGACCCUAGUGUCACCUUCAUGGGACUCCUGUAUGGUGCUGGGGAUAAGGAAAGCUAUGGUCUACCUAUUGGACUGAGAUUUGCAGAUAAUUUGGAGGGAAUACAAGCUGCACCACCAACAAUAGAUGCAGGUAGAGAAUACAUGGUUGCUUUCAUGGAAAAUAGAAUCGAAAAUCCUAAAUACCAGUACCUGGAGCUUUUCCUCACUGCAGCAGGGGACGCUGUGGCUGAUAUAUCCGUCAGCAUAUCACAAGUUCAUGACAGAAAUCUUGGUAAUAGUUCUGUGGUUUUGAGACCAGGAGAGGUGACACGGGUAAAUAUUUCUGUACAGUUGAGAAUGGAGGGCACCACUCUAUCAAGGCAGGGAAUAGAAGUGAAAGCCUCGGGGAAUAUCAUCCUGUAUGGUCUGAACAAGGAUGAGUAUUCCACUGAUGCAUUUUUGGCCUUACCACAGAAUGGCAUUGGCACAGAUUAUUACACUGUCUCUUACUCACCGGCCACCACCAAGACAGAGUUUGUCAUUGUGGGGACCAGAGAUGACACUGUGGUCACAGUGACCCUCCCAAAUAGAAACAAUGUAGCAGUCCAGUGGGCAGGUCAAAUAUAUUCCAGAGGAGAGACAUUCAAGUUGAUAUUGAACAGGUUUGAUACAGUCCAGAUCCAGAGUCCAGACUCUAACUCAGACCUCACUGGCACCCACGUCCAGUCUGAUAGACCAGUGACAGUCUUAAGUGGAAAUGUUAGGACUCAGGUCGGCCAAGGAGUGUCCAGAGACCACCUGGUGGAGCAGAUCCCUCCUGUAUCUUCAUGGGGGAGAAACUUUGCCACGGUGCCUAUACCAAACAGAAGCACGGGGGAUAUUUUUAGAGUUGUUGCAAGCCAGGAUAACACUAUUGUCACCAUAAGGAACACAGAUGGUGACCAAGUCAAGAUUUUAGAUUCAGCAGGAGGAUACACAGAGUUCACUAUAUCAUCUACUGCUUACUCCUAUAUUACGUCUAACCAUCCCAUAUUGCUUGUCCAGAUUGUAAAAAGUCAGGUGUCAUCAUCAACAUCUGAGGUGGCUGACCCAGCUAUGAUGGUGGUCCCACCUUUUGAGCAUUACAGCAAUAAUUACCACUUCUUAUUGCCUUCCGGUGUGGCUGAUACUUAUGUCCACUAUUUUCUGUUGGUCAUUGAGUCUGACCUGAGAAAUGACCUAAGACUGGACGGUACAUUCCUGACUGGGUUGCCAUGGCAGAGUAUACCUGGAACAAAUAAAGUAGGCACCUUCUUUGAGGUUACUGGGAGCCAAGCCCAUGUACUGAAUCAUGUGAACCCCAAUGUAACAUUUAUGGGGAUGCUGUAUGGAGCUGGUGACAGGGAAAGUUAUGGACUGCCAAUAGGCAUGCGAUUAGUUGAAAACGUGGAUCAAGGAGGACAAAAUGCAUCUACAGGUUUUGAGAGCUGGACCAACAUUUCCAUGCAGUUGAGGACUUUGUCCAACAGUACAGAGCAGCUGAUGCUGGACACACAGGUCUUAGUACAGCAGGCAGAACAACAUGCCCAGACUGUCACUGCAGCCGCACAGGCUAUUCAAAGGGAGUUCUCCCUUGUAGAAUCCAGAGGUGCCAUGGCAGUGGAUGCUAUACAAAAGUAUCAAGAUGUUGCCAGAACUCUGAACUCCUCUCUCUACCUGGCUCAAGAUGCCAACAACACAGUGACUCAGGCCAUGCAAUCCAUGCAGGACAUCACAGUGGUAGACCUCCAGAACCAGGCACAGACCAGCUCACAGGCUAGCUUAGACAUGAAGGCCCAAGUUGAUGCAAGGGUUAUAAAUCUUGCAGGUCUCAACUCCCAAUUGAAUUCUGCCAACUCCAGUCUGCAGUCAGCAGUAGGCAUGUGGUCUGGGUUAGAGACACAGAUAGCCAACCUGGAGACAAGAGCUGCGCAAGUGAAUGCAGCUUCUACAGAUCCAGGCAUUAUGACCUUGCUGGACUCAGCUAACACUACAGCCACCCAGGCUCAACAGCUGAGUGACCAGGUGCUCCAGGCUGACCAGAGUGACCAGAGCCAAAUCCAAGCUCAGGAGGAUCUUGUAGCUGUCAUACAGACCAGUGUGAACAGCAUAUCAGUGGUCACUGCACAAAUUAAUGCAGAAUUACAAAGCUACAAUAUAAUGUACAGUCAGAUGCAGAGUCGACUGACAGCAAUCAACCAAUUCCACAGUGAAACUAAUGCCACAAGAUACCGACUAUCAGCAAAGAUGGCGAGCAUAGAGGCCAAGCUUGCUCGUGCCAAGCAGCUGGCUUCUAGCCUUGAGCGCCCUGUGAGCUUCCCAGGCACUGCACACAUCACAGUGCAAAACCCAUCCCAAGAGAGCAGAAUAUUCAAUGAGCUGUCCCUGGAGUUCAGGGCAAGCCAGGAGAAUGCUACAGGGGUGAUCUUCUAUGCUGAUGGCACAGCUGAUAACUCCUGGCUAGCUCUGUAUGUGAACCAUGGUACAUUGGUGUUUGAAUUCAACCUGGGGAGUGGCAUAGUAAGAAUGGAGAGCUUAGCAACUGUUUGCAGUGGCUGCUGGCUCAAAGUUUUAGCCAACAGGUACACCAGUACUGGUCACCUGACAGUGACCAGAAUGUCCACAGGUGGCUCUACUACAGCAUAUGGAGAAAACAAUGUGGGGAACUCCCUUCAACUGGGGGCUGACUUGGUCCUUGCAGGAGUGCCAUCCAAUGCUAAGGCUUCUGGUCUACCUACAACAAAGUUCCCAGGAUGCAUAACAAACUUGCAUGUAGACAACAUCAGGGUAGACUUGUGGUCAAAGCAGAUAGAGAACAGCCUUGGAUGUUGCACAAGACCAGUCACCCCUGCUCCUGAGGCACUUCUUCCAGGGGUCAGCUUUGAUGGUUUUGGCCACUUACAUGUGAACCCAGGAAGAUUCAGUGCCUUUGGGCAGUCUAGAGUUUCGCUGGAAUUCAGAACAUUCAGUUAUAAUGGAGUGUUGAUGUUGGCGGAGAAAGCUGGUAGCAGUGUAUAUUAUGGGAUGUAUUUGCAAGAUGGACGCCUGAUAUUCGAAUAUGGUACUCCUGGCAACACUCAGGCACUCCGUAGCAGUGUAACGUACAAUGAUGGUGACUGGUAUAAGGUGGACAUAACAAGAAAUGCAACAUAUGCAAGUUUGAACCUUCAGAGGGUCAGUGACAAUGGCAAUAGUAUUUUGGAGAUAAAGUCUGUGCGAACUCCAGCCAUCACAUUGUCAGAACUGCAGAAUGGAACACUGUACUUUGGUGGUGUUCCACAAUCUUCUUCAAGUGGCAUUCCAAUGAGUAGUAGCUUUGCAGGCUGUAUAAGAGAGGCAUACUAUUAUGUCAAUAGUUCUAGCCGUGUGGCGAUGAUCCCCAGAGAAAUGGUUAACAGCAGCAUUGCGGUGUCACUAGAUGGAUGCUUCAGAAAUGCCCAGACUGGUAGUUGAUGGUAUCAAUGUGGUAAGCCUGGACACCUUGUCAUCAGACCAACAUCCCCUCACUGGUGGAGGGAGCACCCUGUACAUAGGGGGUGUGUCCUCUCCUUCUGCUGUACACACCCAAGUCCCAGUACUCUCAUCUUUUGCUGGUGGAGUACAGAAAGUGGCUGUUAAUUCAAGAUCAGUAGAUUUCUUCAGUACUAGCCAGUUAACAGGCCAAACAGGGAUGUAUUUGAGUGGUGUCCCAGCCCCACCAGACACAACCCCACCCCCACCCUACACCACCACCCUCCCACCCCCCACCACUGCCCCACCCACAUGUGCUCCCUCAUCAAAUCUGACCUACCUGAGUGAUUCUGUUAGGUUUGGAGACCAGCCAGACAGCUAUAUGGCCUUCAAUAUAUCUAACAGGAAUUUAUUUAACAAUAGUUUUGUCCUGAUCACAGAGUUCAGAGCCCUCUCUCCUAAUGGUGUUCUCUACUACGCAGCAAACAGAUAUGUCAACCCAGAAUACUGGAUAGGACUGUACUUAGAAAAUGGUUAUCUUGUCUUCACUAUGUCGAGCAGCACACGCUCCAAUUUCACCAGGGCUGUGACAUCUAGACAUACUUAUGAUAAUGGAGAAUGGUGGGAGGCAACUGUUCUCCGAAUCAAUGAUUUUAUUGCCUUGGUAGUAUCCAAGGAUUACAGGAACAAUCAGCAAAUCUCUACGAUUCCAACUAAUUUAUUCAUAACCACAAACUUCUAUCUUGGUGGGGUGGAUUCUCGAUUUGGCGGAACUUUUCCACUUCCAAUUGGCAAGACUCCUUUCCAUGGCUGUAUAAGAAAGAUGGAAAUGAACUCCCACAAUAACCCCAAUGCAUACAUCUUCAGUGUGCUGGGUUACAUUACCAAGUUCAACGUACAUAAUCCUGACCAGUCACUGGGUACUUCCCUGUGUUAUGCUAGUGUCAAUACUGGGACAUCAUUAAAUGGAGCUGGAUAUCUGAAAAUAGUUGAGAGUGUAACAGUUGAAGAGAAUUCCACAAUAAGCCUAACAUUCAGAGCUGCCAAUAACACAGCCAGCCUGGUGAGCAUCUAUUCCAGUAACUCUUCAUUCUUCUCACUGGAGGUCGUGGAAGGCAGGUUGCGUGCUGUCAUAAGUAAUGCCAUAGACCCCCUCACCCCAUUCAUGGCUGCCCUGUCCCAUGAGACAAUCAGACACGUCAUCUGUGACAAUAACAACCACACUGUUACAGCAAGGAUCAGUAGAGUGGGGGUCUCAAUAGAGGCUGACCAGGAGCCUAGAGAGAAUUAUGCUUUCCCUAGGGGUUUUGUGAUUCCUACAAUCACAGCUCCUCUGUAUGUGGGUGGAGUUGAAGCUCCAAGCCGUCCAUUUAUAACCAGAGGACUGGAAGGCUGUGUCAAGUCCAUCAGCGUUAAUGGCAACAGCUACAACCUUCGUAAUGUUGUGAAAUCUCAUGGCUCUUUGAACGGAUGCCCAGUAUAGCGACGUGGGGAUUGUCAUUCUAUAUAAGAUUUUGAUUGAAAAAACAAGGCAACAAAGCUGUCAAAUGUACAGACAAAAAACAGAAAAUAAAGAUGCAAAA